AUGAGUACCAGUCAGACCGCGUGGAUGGUCAUAUAUGCCAUGACCAGCACCAUCAGCAAUGGCGCGGCCUACAUCGAAUCAUUCUCCGACAUGGCACGAUGGUCCAAAACACCGCACGGCUACAUGCUCCCUACCUUUGCUGUGCAGACAGUGUUCAAUCCACUCUCCGCCGUAUUUGGAAUUCUCGGGACGUCGGCCCUCCAGGUCAAAACGGGUCAAAUAAUCUGGAAGCCGUGGGAUAUCAUGUCCUACAUCCUAGAACAGGACUUCUCAUCCGGCACAAGAUUCGGGAUCUUCUUGCUGGCACUUUUGUGGAUCGGAACCACCGUCUGCCAGAACUUCUCAUCGAAUCUGAUCCCCUUUGGAUCCGACGUCUCCAUGCUGUGGCCCCGACAUAUCACCAUGACCCGAGGAUUCAUCGUCGUCCACCUCCUCGCCUGGUGCAUCUGUCCGUGGAAGAUCUACGCCUCCGCCACGACCUUCCUCGACUUCAUGGGAGCGUACGGAAUCUUCAUGGGACCAGCUGUGUCGAUCAUGAUCUGCGAGUACUUCCUCGUGUGCCGCGGUAACAUCUUUAUCCCAUCAAUCUACAUCGGCAACUCGAGCAACCCCAACUACUGGUACACCCGGGGAUGGAACAUCCAGGCGUAUGUCGCAUACAUUGUCUCGGUCGGACUCUGCUUCGUCGGUUUCGUGAACAGAGUCGGAGCAGAUGUACCCGACGCAGGAGUCAAACUAGGAUAUCUCGGCUGGUUCCUGACAUUCCCCACCGGGUUCAUUGUUUACUAUUUUGUCACUCUCGUCUGGCCGCAUCAGAAUGCCAAGAAUGUGAAGGGGCUGCGCUUUGAGCAGAACGCCAUUGAAGCUGAUGCACUCGAUGGAGUUGGGAUGGGGUCGGAAGAAGAUGGCUCGGGUGGUGGGUUCAACACCAAGGACCAGAUUGUCGUCAAGUCAGGGAUUCAGGUUGAAGAAUGA